CCCGCCCGCGUGGUGCACGACCUGCAGAAGGCGCUGGCGCUCAUGGCCAAGCUGGACGCCGAGAAGGGGCUCUGGGGCGCGCAGGGGGGCGCUGGGGGGGGCGCGGAAGGGGGAAAUUUUCUGCUGGGGGAGAACCAGGCAGGCGCAGAGGACGAGGAGGUGAAGAUCCGCGUGCCUCCAGUGGAGGGCGGAGGGCAGGCGCGGUGGCUGGCGGGCGUGGCGCUGCUGGACGCUGUGCUGACGCACGUGCGCGCAGACGAGGGCGACGAGGGCAAGUGGGAGGGCGCGGGGGGAGGGGAAGCUGUGGAGGGGUUUGAGGCGUGGGCGCGGCGGGUAGAUGAGGUGUGGAGGUUGCGCGUGGGGGCGGAGGGGGAGGAUCCGGUGGUGGCGCUGGUGGGCAAGGCGCGCGUGGAGGCGCGCAUGGGCGCGGCGAUGGAGGGCAUGGUGAGGAAGAUCAAGGACGACAAGUACGGGUGGAAGUACGGGUGCUCCGCCCCCGGGUGCUCCAAGCUGUUCCACGGCCCCGAGUUCGUGGUGAAGCACCUCAAACUCAAACACCCCGAGCUCGUGGCGGAACAGAGCAACCGCGUCAAGGAGGAGGUGUAUGAAGACAACUACAUGCGCGAUCCCAACGCCCCUGUCCGGGGAAGGGAGGAGAGGGAGAGGGAGAGGGAGAGGGAGAGGGAGAGGGAGCGGGGAGGGCACGGCCACUCGCCGGUGCCCAUGUCGGCUCGUCUGGGUGCGCGCCUGCCCCCUCCCCCCGACCCCUAUGCCUUCCCCCCCGACCGCUUUGACCGCCCCCCGCCCUUUGACCGCCCUGGUGGCGGCCCCCCUCCCCCCAUGGGCGCUCCCCCCCCCCCUGAUGCUGGGGAGCCCUUCCCCGGGGAGAGGGGCGGGCGGUACGAGGGGGACGUGUUUUGA